AGAUAACCAAACUUGUUUAAUAUUUUAGUUCCUAGUGUGACCAUCUACACUAUUAUCAUGAAAACUGAUUAUUUUCAAGAUUUGACUGAACAAACCGAAAUAGGAGUUUGGAAUGUCUUUGGAACAACUCCUAGUGAAAUAAGAAAGAACAUAGAAGCUAUUAAAGAAUGGCUCAAAACACAACCACAUUUACCUGGAAAAUUAGCUGAUGAACAAAUCAGGGCGUUUCUUAUGAUGGGCCGUGGUAGUGUUGAAAAUGCAAAACCAAAAAUUGAUAUGUACUUCACGAUGAGAUCUUUGUUUCAUGAUAUUUUUCACGAGUCUCAUCCUUUAUCAAAACGGAUGCAAAAAGUUAAAGAUUACAUUUAUUUAAUACCAGUUCCAAAGUUGCUUCCAGAUUAUACUCGACUUAUAAUUGUGAAAUUAAAAGAAGAAUUAAAAGAUCCAUAUUCGUUCGAUCCUGGGGCAGCGUUUUGUCAGGUGAUAAAUAUGGUCGAUGUAAGAUUUUUUGAGGAUUUAUGUGCAGGGCACACCGUAAUCGUCGAUCUAAAGCAUUGUCAGCUAGCACAUUGCAGCAAAGUUACCCCGUCUAUUAUCAGAAGUUGCUAUACAGUCUGUGAGAAAGCUUUGACAACAAGUGUAAAUGGAAUUCACAUAAUCAACGCUCCAAGAUUUUUUGAUCAGGUUAUCAUUAUGAUAAAAUCUAUACUUUCUCCAAAACUGGCCAAAAAAAUACAUCUACACAAAGACUAUGAAUCCGUUCUUAAUUCCAUAGAUAAAAAUAUAUUACCAAUGGAUUAUGGCGGCAAUGAAAAAUGUUUGGAUGAAUUGGAAGACUUGUUUGCUAAAAGAUAUGAAAUACACAAGGAGUAUUUCGAUAGAAGAGAAACGCUAAGGGUGAAUGAAGAAGUUAGACCAACGAAAAAUGUAAACGACGAAAUUCUUGGAUUUUACGGAAACUUUAAAAAACUCGAUGUUGACUAAAUGUUAUAAUAAACAAAGUUUCUGAGUUUCUUUAUUUAACUUUAUUAAUUUUAAUUUAAAUUGUCUAUUCAUAUGUUGGUAAGAAGUAUGUAACGGCAUAGUCAAUCCCAAAUAGAAUAUACUGCAAUAAUACAAGUUUAUAAACGUGUAUCUAUUAUAUUAUUACUUCUGUGUAUGACAUAAUAAAUCACCAAAGCUA